GUGGCAUGAUGUGUGGCCAUGGCGUGCGAGCUGCGCCACUCCAGAGAGCGACUGAAGCAAUGGGUGCAGGAGCAUGGUACCAAGCGUCACACCAAGUCUGCUGCAGAGCGGGUGCAGGGCUCUGCCGCACAGCUGGAGUUGCAAGUGGCCAAGCGGUGCCAAGAGUUGCAGCGAUUGGAGGCAGAAGCUGCCAGGGUGCAGGAAGCGCUCGCGGUGGCCAAAACCAAGGUGCAAGAGGCCGACGCCCAGCAGGAGGCGGCGCAGCUGUCCUUGGCCAAGGAACUCCAGGCAUCGCUGCGUGCCGAGAAGGAACUGCUGGAGCAGCUGGAAGAAAUCGACGAAAGCAUCAGGGCAGAUGCCGCCUUGUGCGACAAGGCCUCUGCUGCGGCCGAAGUCUCCAGCUUUCAGCUGCGCAGUGUGCGGUGUCAGCUGAAGCCUCUGGAGGCGCAGCUGGCACGCGAGGAGGCUGUUCUGGUGGCAAUGUCUCAAGAGCUAGACGCAGGUCGUCAGCGCGCCGCGCAGCUGGCCUCAGAGGCCGCCCAGGCAAGGCAGAGAAAGGAGCAUUUUGGAGCAGUCCGAGAGCCACUGGUCGCGUACUUCGCCGCCCGCGCUUACCAGGACUGGGAGUCCCAACGUGCUGACGCCCUGCAUCGUCGCUUGCUGCUGCGACGCUGUUUGAGGGGCUUGGUGCAAUGGCGCCAGGCUGCUCCCAAAUUGAGAGCAGAAGUGGAUGCCCUCAGAGAGCGACGGCAGCAAGUGCAGCUGCGCUUCUACUGGUCAGACUGGGCAGCUUUAAGAGACCGAUGGCGCCGUGUUCUGCGCAUGCUCGCAUGGACAUUUCAGAGGUGGAGCACCUUCGCUGCAACACGACCGCGCCGGCGCUGGCUCCUCAUGCGCUGCUGGAGGGUGUGGCAAUCUGCCAGGACUCCCCUGAGGGCGACUGCUGUCCUGGAAGCAGCUCAGAUUGACAGCUUUGCAAGUCGCUGGAGCAGACACAGUUUGCUGCGCGCCUUCCGUGGCUGGCGGCGCACCAGCUGGCAAGCACUGCGGAGCCGGAAUUGGCUGACUCAACGGUGGCGUCACAAAGGUGCCAUGGCGGCGAAGCAAGCGCUGCAGCAUUUGCGGGCGGUGGUGCAGCACAGGUCGUCGCGGGAGCGCUAUUUCUGUUGGCUUUGGCGCCGCAUGGUGAAAUGCUUGGGCCGUGGCCAUCCCUUCCCAGCAUGGCGCUGUUGGGCCAAGCGACGGCAGGCGGCACAAAAAAGAGCAGAGGUUCGCUUGGCUCAAAGCUUGCAACCUCUCCUGGCACUUGAGAGCUGCAGGACUGCCUGGCUCCAAUGGCAUGGCCUGCUGCGACUGCGGAUGGAUGCCAGGAUCAAGGCAGCCGAAGCCCUGCGGGCGCCGCAGGGUGUGACGUGCCAAAGAUCCAAACGACGUUGCUUGGCCAUUCUCAUGACUGAAGUGCGCUUGGCCAAGGCAGCUAGGUGGGUGUCUGGUUUGGUCCGUGUCUCACAUGUUCAGCAUCUCAUCCACAGCUGGUAUGAUCUAUGGUGCUGCCGCAAGGGCCAGCGGAGCCUGAUCUCCCGCAUCCAACGCAGUUGUUUGGCCACCACCCUGGUCGCCUGGCUGCGCACCACCCAGCGCCGGCACCGGGCGGGGCCGGCCGCUGAGAAGUUGACGGCCCUGGCGCGGCAGGGACGCGCACGACGUGUGCUGCGAGACUGGCUGCUGGCCACAGCACGGCAGGUGGUAGCGCAGAGGCCUGCAUCCCCUGCAAAGGAGGUACACAAGUUGAAACACGAGCUGGCAAUGGUGCAACAGCGAGUGAGCAGACUAAAAGAUGGACACGGGCAACUGCAACAGGAAGCGGUUGCCUGCCGGAAUCAAUUGAACGCCGCGGAAAAAGCGGCAGAAAUGGCGAGGACUGAAGAGCAGAAAGCUUCCCUCGAAUACCAGGCUUACAUGGAAACCAUGGAGAAGCGUCACGUCGAUGUGGAAGGAAGUCUAUGUGAGGCCUUGCGGCGGAACUGCUGCUUGGCGCGGCAGCUGAUAUCUGCGCAAGAAGCCAGCGCCGUGGGAGAGAAACGCUUGGAAGCCUCAGAAGAGUCAGCUGCAGUCUUGCGCUCCCAGAUGGAAGCAGCCGAGGGGCAGUAUGUGGCAGCUAUGGCCAUCCUAUGCUCCGAAACCUUGCGAUUGCGGGAGCAUCGGGAGCAACUUGCCAAGGGUCCGUUGACAACUUCGAUGCCCUCCCAGCCCAGUGACUGGGAACAGGAAGUGUGAACCUGCGCAGCGAAACCUGGUGCAAAGUUCUCCAGGUUUUGCCCAGCAACCUUGCUGUGGCAGCUUGAAGGCUAAUGAUACCCGCAAAA